GGUAUGUUACGGUAUGGUGAUGGAAGAUCAAACCGUUAACAUCUCCUCCUCCUCUUCUUCUCCACAAGAUGGCAUGAGAACGGUCCCGAUGAUGUCUCUCCCUACUAUCAGUUUACUCUCUGCAUCGUCAUCCUUGCCGAAGGAUUGCAACGCGAUACUGACAAGGGUUUUGGUGCAUACCGUGGACCGGGGUUUGACGAAACCAUCAUCGGAAGUGUGGAGGAAUGGUGGAGGGUUGCGUCCGUUGAUGGCCGCGCGAAUAUCGGUUGUACCGGAUAGCGAGGUUCCUAUACCUCACAAUUGGAGUGUGCCGGUAUCGGUGGAAGAUGAUUUUGAGAAGAUAUUGGUCGGCGGAACAGGAGGAGGGGAGGGAGAAUCGGGGAGUCAGCCGAGUUCGUCCCAAUCGAUUCGAGAUAGUAGUAAUGUGAAAUUGAAGUCCUCAGGGGCGCGGGUGUUUGAUAUGCGGGAAGGCAAAGAUGAUGUUGACUCGGAAGGGUGGAGUGGAGCUGAGCAUUUGAGAAAGGCGAUUGGAAAUCUGUCGCUAUCUCCCGAAGAAAUAUCUACUGGGUGGGCAUCACAGAUAGCUCGGCUCGCCGGACCACAGUUGAUGCAGGAAAAGAGACGAGUCAAGCAGGAGUUGAAAUCGUAUGAUGUUGCCUUUACGACCGUUCAUGGGAGGCCUCCCGGAAGGGUAGAUAAAGAGCCUAUGCGCCCACUGUACACAUAUUACCGUGGAUUAAAGCAAGCGAUUGAGGAGUCGGAGCCGUCAACUGCGGCGGUGCCGAGUAUCGAUCGAUCUCGGGCUACGAUUCAGGGAAGGAGUGGUAUGGGCCAUCAGCCGGAGGAAGAGCCAUCGACAGCAGCGUCGUCCAAUCGGAUGAUGAUGCGACUGCAAUCACUGAUUGAUGAGAAAUCGCGGAUACGGGAAGGACUGCAGCAGUACCAGGCACGGUUCUUUGUUGAGAAUCAGAGAAAGAUUAAAUAUCACAAGGACAUAGUCCCGAUAGAGCGAGAAUACCGAGAAUACAAGCAAGUUAAAGAGGAAAUUGCCCAGUUGGAGCGAAAGCUGGGGAUAGGCAAUUCCAAGGAGCAUCACCAUCAUCAUGAAGACUGAGCAAUGAUUGAGGAGAGCAUACCAGCUGAAGUA